AAAGCUGGCGCACGAGUCUAAACCGACGCAGCCGACUGUGUGCGGCACGUUUUGGCACGUUACGAUUGUGUCGCUACAACAGCAAGGCUGAGUUCUAUUGCCUUGAGUAAGGCCGAUUGUAUCCGUGAUAAUGUGCAGCGCGCAACGAACGCUUCGUUUAUCGACAGAAAACGUCUAGAAACUGUGACAACAAAGCCGGUGAGAACUACGGUCACGGUGGGGCUGGUAUAGAUAAUGCACUGUUGGUAAAAGUUCCUGGCUGGUGCAUCGGAACACGUGAUUCGACGCCCUGUAAGGUCCAAAUACUUUGGAGGAAGCAUAGAAGGAAGAAGGUUGUGGAAUAAGUUUAAUUAUGAAUGAUGCAUCCAGCUUGCAUUCGGAAGGAGAAUUGAAUACAGAGACUCAGUUGUCAACAGACUCUGAACCAAUAAAGAAACCACCGAAGAGAAAAAUCGCUCGAAAACGACCCACACAUGUACGACUUCAAAAUCAUAGCCUCAAAGCGAUUCCAAAACUGGAAGCCAGUAAAGACGUACUUGUUGUUUACUUGUACAACAACAAAAUCAACAACAUAACCAAUUUGGAUGCCCUCACAAAGCUAACACAUUUAUAUCUCUCCCAUAACAACAUCAGACGUCUGGAAAACUUGACCGGCCUCACCAACCUGGAAAAGCUCUACAUCGGACACAACAAAAUAUCCGUAUUGGAGGGCCUCGAGAACCUUCACCGUCUCCGCGAGCUCCACAUGGAAUCACAGCGCCUCCCCGCGGGCGAUUCACUGACCUUUGACCCUCGCUCUGUGGAAGCAAUCCGGGCCACCCUUCACGUCCUCAACAUCGACAACAACGGCGUGACUAGUCUGUUACCACUAGUGCCGCUGCCCUACCUCACCGAUCUGAACUGCACCGCCAACCAGCUGAGUAGCUUGGUCGACCUCACGGAGUCCCUGCGUCAGCUUCCGUGCCUGACCCGACUUGACCUGAAGGGGAAUCCAGUCUGUGACCUACAGCGUCAUCGCGAUGCAGUAGUGGAGAGCGCUCCAGAGCUGAGAAAGCUUGAUGAGCUGGAUGUGACGCCCACGUUUCGGCAGUUUAUCUUCGGGCGAGGCCAGGCGGUGGCUCGUAGGAUGAGCACAACCAAACAGCGGCUGGCACUGGCUUCUGCCUCCGAUGACGUCAUCAUUCGAGACAACCCAGCGUCAGCGAGGCUUCGGUCUCCUCAGGUGGCGCUCAGUCAAGGGAACCUGCUGCCGCCGAAGAGGACUCCCGUGGUCUCUCAGCCACACCAGACCUCCAGCACACAUCUCCGAGUGGGAAACAUGCUGACUCUGACACCGGAACAAAGAGCGAUAGCGCGCACUCCCGAUAGCCGCCCACAGUCCGACGCACACCUAGAGACAUCUAGUGGCGACCCAGAGAACUUUGAGUUCCCUGUAGGAGACCUGAGCUACCCAGUUCCCUGGGCUGGAAGGAGAGACACUCUGCCAAGCAGUCCCGCGCGGAGACCCAUCGGAGCUGACGCCAGGUCGGCCCGACCCAGUACAUCUCAACAGCAUGCGACUGUAGAUACAUCUAUUGUCGUUCCCAGGAGACUGACACCCUGGUCAGCAGAGGAGAGGAGCAUGUCCAGGGGAGAACAGAGGACGCCGCUGCGGCAGACCAUGUCAGACGAGGUGCCGACAAGGAUAAACAUGCUGGCGAUCAUGCCGUAAUAUGUGUCAUUGUUCAAUAAGUCGGAAGAAUAAAGUAGAAUGGCUUUCAGGUGAACUGACCAAGAAAAACAAAUAAAUUGUAGUGGUGUAACGUCAUGAAGCAUUGUCUCAAUAAAGAAAAGAUAUGCAAUGUAGUCGUACAGAUGCCUGAAAUAAAUUGGGAGCGUGCAUUUUUGAAUACCUCA